GCGGCCGGCAGGAGGCGCCGCGCGGAGCUCUCGGCUGGGCGCUGCGCUAACGGCGGGCGUGGGAGCCGCGCGGGACGCGGCGGCCGCGGCGGACGGUGCUGGUGUUGAGUGCGGACCCUCUGGAGCCCGCACCAUGUUCUAUGGGACCCACUUGGUCAUGUCGCCACCGUCCACGCGCAGGCUGAAGCGCCAGGGCCAGCUGCUGAGUGGUGUGCUGUCCCGCACACUGAGCUCCAAGUCCCGCGGCCUGGAUACCCCCUGCAGUCCUGGCGCCGGUGAUGACCCUGCCGAGCUAUCCACGCAGCUCUCGGCGCCUGGGGUGCUGAAGGUGUUUGGGGACAGCGUGUGCUCGGGCGCCCACUACAAGAGCGUCCUGGCCACGGGAGCAUCGAGCGCCUGCGAGCUGGUGAAGGAGGCGCUGGAGCGCUACGCGCUGAGCCCUGAGUGUGCCGGCCACUUUGUGCUCUGUGACGUGGUGGGCCAGGCUGGCGGGGGUGGGCGCCAGUGGCGGCCUGAGGGCCUUCGCGUGUUCGGGGACCAUGAGAAGCCCCUCCUGGUGCAGGAGCUGUGGAAGCCCCGGGAAGGCCUGGCUCGGAGGUUUGAGCUGCGGCGGCGGUCGGACAUAGAGGAGCUGGCCUCCCGGGACGUGGACACCAUGACCGCAGGCAUCAAUGCCCAGGCCCGGAGACUGCAGCGGAUCCGCGCCAAGGGAACCCCAGCCCUGGCCUCAAGGGGCACCCAGAGCCCCCCGCUGCCCCGGCUGCGCCGUACCGUCAGCGAGACCAGCCUGAGUCCGGCCCCUGUCCCAUCGGACACUGCCCAUGACCCCAACGAACCGGGCCGGACCGCCCUGCGUGGCUGCCUGGACGAGUGUCCACACCUGUUGCUUCUGCAGGGCUACAGCCCCCAGCACGACAGCCUGGUGUAUGUGCUGGGCCGGGAGCGCCACACCGUGGGCCAGCGGACGCCGUCCAGCAAGCCGAGCAUCAGCCUGUCGGCGCCUGACAUCCUGCCGCUGCACUGCACGCUGCGUCGCCGCGCGCCAGCCGCUGGGGAGUCCGGGCCGUGCCUGGUCCUCGAGCCCAUCCCCGGGGCGCCGGUGUCCGUCAACUUCACCGAGGUGGGGGACCACGCUGUGCCUCUGCGCCACGGGGACCUGCUGGCGUUGGGCCUGUACUACCUGCUGCUGUUCAAGGACCCUGCCCAGGCGCAGCCACUGCCUGCCCAGGCCCUGGCCCGCCUGCGUGCUGCCACGGCUCCCGCACCCCUCGGCUGCCGCCUGUGCGGUGCGGCGCUGCGGGCCCCCACCGGACCCCCGCGCCCGCGCCCGCUGCAGCUGGAGUUCGACGAGGAUGCGGAGGAUGCGCUGCUGCAGCGCAUCCUAACCCUGGUGGAGCCCGGCAGCGACGAGCACCCGCUGACGCCCGCCUUCCUGCUGUGCCUGUGUGUGCGCCACGCGGCCACCCGCCUGCCGCCCGGCGCCUUUGGGCCGCUCCUACUCAAGAUGGCUCGUGCCAUCCAGGACACGGUCUGGGAGAAGGCCAAAGAGCUGGCGGAGAAGCAGGCGCACCUCCCGGAGCCUAUGUCCCCGACCAGCGUGUCCAUGGCCGGCCUUGCCCCCGACCUGCAGCACCUCCUCUUCUGGAUGGCCAACGCCGUGGAGUUGCUUUAUUUUGCUCAACAGCAGUGUCCGUGCUACAUGCAGAGCCUGGAGGAGGAGCUGGAUGUCACAGGCUCCAAGGAGUCGCUGUUCUCCUGCGCGCUGACGGCCAGCGAGGAGGCCAUGGCCGUGUUGGAGGAGGCCGUGCUGUACAUCUUCCAGCAGUGCGUGUACUACAUCUCCAAGUCCCUGUACAGCUGCCUGCCAGGCCUGCUGGAGGGCCCCCCCUUCCAGACGGAGUCCCGGGAGAGCCGCGGCUCGGGCCCGCAGCUGCCGGAGGAGCUGCGCCGCGUCGUGGCCAUCUACCAGGCCACCCUGGAACUGCUGGGCCAGCUGCGGGUGCACCCCGAGAUGGCCACACAGCUGCUGGCCUACCUGCUGUUCUUCUCGGGCACGCUGCUGCUCAACCAGCUGCUGGACAAGGGCCCCUCUCUGAGCUGCUUCCACUGGCCACGCAGCGUCCAGGCCUGUGCCCGCCUGCAACAGCUGCUGGAGUGGACUCAGGGUGCAGGAUGUGGGGAGGCAGCCGAGAGCUUCUUCCGGAAGCUUUGCUGCACGCUCGACCUGCUGGCGACGCCCAGCGCCCAGCUAAUCCAGAUGAGCUGGGCAGACCUGCGGGCCACUUUCCCGGCCCUGAGCCCCCCGCAGCUGCACCGCCUGCUGACACAGUACCAGCUGGCCUCGGCCAUGGGCCCCAUGAGCGCUUGGGAGCCGGGCGCCCCCGACAGCGCCGACGCCGUGCAGUCAGAGGACGUCCUGGAGUCCUACGAGCACCCUCCACCCAUCGUCCUGCCCAGCGCGGGCUUUCAGGUCGACCUGGACGCCGCCUGUCCAGAUGAGCGCCUGUACCGACACCUGCUCUACCUGCGUCAUUUCCUGCGGGGCCUGCGCAGCCCACAUGGCCCUGAGUGCCCUGAGGUCCCGGCUGUGGGGGAGGGGCUCUGGGCAGCCCUGUGGCCCCUCAACUGCUGGCCUGAAUCCUGUCCCUUCCUGUCCCAGGGUUCAUCACACCCUAGCCCUGAGGGGCCCCCUCCUCCCACCGGGGCUCCCUCAGUACCUCCUGGACGGCAGCCUGGCCGCAGUGGCCGUGGGGGCCCCCCAGCCAGUGCCUCUACCACAGACUCGGGUCUGCUCACGCCUCCCAGCACCCCACUCGGUCCGGAGCCGCAGGUCCCCAACUGGCCAGAGCCCAGCGGCCCCUGCGGGAAGGCCCUGCUGAACAGCUGGAGGGACGGUCCCCAGGGAGACUGUACCUCGGAGGAUGAGCCUCUGGCGCCCCCUGGAGCCCUUGGCUGUGGCCCUGUGUUUCUGGUGGAGUUGGAGCGCGGCCCCUGUGGGCUGGGCAUGGGGCUCAUUGAUGGGCUGCACACGCCCCUGGGUGCCCCCGGACUCUACAUCCAGACGCUGCUGCCCGGCAGUCCCGCGGCGGCUGAUGGCCGCCUCUCACUGGGGGACCGGAUCCUGGAGGUGAACGGCAGCAGCCUGAUAGGUGUCAGCUACCUGAGAGCGGUGGAUCUGAUCCGACACGGGGAGAAGAAGAUGCGGUUCCUGGUGGCCAAGUCCGACACGGAGACGGCCCGGCGGAUCCGCUUCCGUACGCCGCCCCCCUAACCCCGCAC